UCAGUCCACUCGUGGGUUGUUGAUGUAGUCUUGCAGAGAAACAAUAAAACAAACUGGAAGAUCUCUGGACUAAAAGAGCCACUUCAAUUGUUUAUUCCCAAGGAUUUUAAUUGGUCGUCGUCGCUAUCCGAUGAGACGUCAAGCACCCAGCAAUACUUCGUGAAACCAAGUUACGAUGUCAAUGAAACUAUUCUUAUAAAUUAUCAUCAGAUAAACCUUACGAACGACCAUACUGUAGUUUUCGUGAAAUUAGGACCCGAAGUAUCGACCUACACGCCUUUACGGGUUUACAUCAGCGUUUCAGACUUUCCCACGCCGACGAGACAUAACUUUUCAACUGUGAUACCCGACUGUGAAAAACAUGUAGACAAGGAAUCUUUGAUGGAUUGUGUUAAAAAUCCUAAAAAUUACGUGUUGUCAUUUACUUCAUCCGAAACUGGUCAUACUGGGAUUCAUUACAUUGGCAUUCACUAUUACGUCAAAAGGGCAAACUACGUUAAGGAUCGAUUACGGAGAUCCUGUGUGACUAAUAGUGGAAGGCAGAAACGUUCUUGCGUUGAAGUCAAACAGCCUCCUCCUUCCCCUACUCCCACUCCUUUGGUGCUAAGAUCUUCAUACAAUGCUAGUACUGAUUUAAGAUACAAUUUUUCUGUGAAUAUCGGAGGCUGUUUAUACUGGUCUGAAGAUGAAGAGCACUGGACACAAAAAGGAUGUAACGUAAGCCUUUAACUUCAAACCGUUAUGUUUUAUUGUUUUUUGUUCUUACCGUCCGUACGCUUAAGUGAGCCAGUUUGAUCACAAUCUUAGCAACUUACGUUUAAGCGUGUUUCUUAACCUUCUGGAUGACCGAUCCGGAUUUAAGCUGUAGUAAAGUUUUGAAUUGGCGACCGUUUUGAGCCCGAUGGAGAGUUAUAUUGUUGCUUUUUCUAUUUUGUUUGGAGAAAGGAUAACAAGCGUAGUCAAGGAUUACGUCCUCUACCCUCUUCAAAGAAAAUGAACGUGGUUUCUACUUACUUUAAAUUUCUGUUAUUUCUCCAGGUAUCGUCCGACGUCGUCAAAGGGUGCAUUAAUUGCCUUUGCAAUCAUCUAUCUGCGUUUGGUGGAGACUUUUUCGUGCCACCAAACAAGAUAGACUUCAAGACGGUGUUUAGUAAGUUCCAGGGCAUUGGAAAAGACAACAACUUUAACGUCUUGACAACAGUGUGCACCUUGCUUUCGCUUUAUAUUAUUUGUCUCAUCUUUGCCCGUCAAGCUGAUAAAAGGGAUAAACAGAAGGUAAGUGGGCACGUGUAUUGUUAGUAUCUAUUGUUUCUGCGAUAGCUGUCACGUUAGUAAUCUACUCAAAGCACUUGGUAAGGACCUGUUGCUUGACUACUUAUGUGUUAGUUCCAGGAUUCAACAUUGUUAGUUUGGCUUUAGUGAGUUUAAUUAUUAUCUAGUAGUUUUAUCUUUCAUUGCAUGUUUUUCAGACCAUACCAAAUAUCUGUCUCCCCGACAACGAGGAGUAUGGCGUUUAUCAUUAUCAUAUUUCAAUUGCCACAGGCAUGUGGAUGGGAAGUGGCACUACAGCCAACGUGGGACUAAUAAUAUAUGGGGAGGACUGUUGCAGUGGGAAAAUCAUUCUGAACGACUUUGGAGCGAAAAAGACCUUUUUUGCUAGGGCAAGUGUUAACACCUUUUCUUUAUCGCUGCCCAGAAGCCUGGGUUCCCUGUAUAAGCUCAAAGUGUGGCACGACAACACAGGACACAGUCCAGCAUGGUUUCUACUAGAUGUAGUUAUCACGGAUUCGGAAUCGAAGCAAAAGUGGCAUUUUAAUGCAAAUAGAUGGCUUGCAGUUGAAAGAGCUGGUGGAGAAAUCGAGUUAACCAUUAAUGUUUCAAACAAAAAGGAUAUAUCAAGGUUCAAAAAUCUCUUCUAUCACAGGGUUUCAAAGCAACUGGCGGACGGACAUUUGUGGAUUUCCAUUUUUACCAGGCCACCCCAGAGCUCAUUUAGCCGAACGCAACGCAUUUCUUGCUGUAUGUCAGUGUUCUUUUGUGCUAUGAUUACAAACGCUAUGUUUUAUAAACUGGGUGAGAAGGCUGAAGAUACAUUUGAAAUUGGUCCACUAGUAAUGAGUUGGACGCAAGUUAAAAUUGGGAUCCAAAGCGCCAUGAUAGUGUCACCUGUUAAUGUCAUUAUUGUGGGUAUUUUUCGAAACGCCAAACGAAAGAAAGAACAGCUCAGAGACUGCGGUGAACUUUUGAAAGAGAAGUCUUUAAAAGGCCUGCCACAUUUUUUUACCUACGUUGCAUGGUUUCUAUGCAUUUCUUCCAUUCUUUCUUCAGCAUUUUUCAUCGUGCUAUAUAGCCUAUCUUGGGGAACGGAAAUCUCUAAUCAGUGGCUUACGUCUAUUCUCGUUUCAUUCUUCGAAGACGUGACAGUUUUGCAGCCCAUUAAAGUAGUAAUCAUUGCGUGCUUGUUGUCUGCAUUAAUAAGAAAACCUAGCAAGCAUGACCCAGUUCAUGGACAACCUCGCCAUAAAAGACCAUCCGAGGAUGACGCCGCAGUAAUACCACCAACGGAUAAAGACCUCGAAAAGUCUCGAACAUUCUGGGUAAAACUCCGCAAGGUGUUCAGAUCUGUUGCAGAGAUAAUUUUGUUUAUUGUGUUUGCUUUUUUGCUGUUUGUUGUUUGCUACGGAAAUAGGAAUAGCUCAAGGUAUUAUCUGACCAAAUCGCUGAAGGACAUAUUUCUGCAAUUUAACGAUGUAAGUCUUUAGAUAUUGAUAAACAACUACACAGACAGACAAAAAAUCCUAAGUAAAGAAUUCAGUGUUUAGCCAAAAGGGAAACUAUCUGGACCCACUUUAAAAGCUAAUAGUGCUAUUCAUCGGAUAAAGAAUAAAACUUAGGAAAAUCAGUUUUGUUAAUCCAGUGGAUAGCGUUAUGCUUCUCUUGAGUAACUGGGCCAGUAAGCCAGUACUUACGUGUGCCUCAGAAGAAGCGUCAAAAAGAAAAAAAAGAAUUAACAUAACAAAAUAGGAAAAUAAGCAAAGAGAAAAACUAGAAGGGAAAUAAGUGAUAAGCGAACAGGAACAGCCUGCUGUUUAUCCCCGCUUUCACUACUUUCAGAAAAUUUUGCCACACGCGAACACACGUCAAGCCCGUGACUGUCGCCUUUAGAACACUGUCCUUCGAACAAGGGACAAAUUUCUUACCACAGUGAUAGAAACAAUACUGACAUCACACAAGAGGAUAACGAAAUCUGUGUAGAAAUUCCUGAUGGCAGAACGACCCCUGACGGUUUUUUUUCUCUCUUACUCGACUUGCUUCCCAGUGUUACUUUGUUGAAAAUCGCUGAUACAUGUACAUACCGUAGAUUUGUUGCCUUUAAGGUGACUCGACCCAGUUUUUUUGGGAAGGUACCAUCCUACUUUGAAGCUCUCUAGUAUCCCCACCUUUACUUUUAUCGUAAGUCUAACACAUAGAAUGGAUAACAUAUAGAUCAAUCUACAAUAUAACAUGAAAUUUUUGGCGAUCGGAGUAAAUGUCAGGUGGUUAUAAUGCCACGCCCCUUUGAGGUCUGAGUCGAAAAUCGGCUGUUGCCGGCAUUUUUUUGUGAAAAUCUCUCGGCUACACGUAGUGCGCAUUAGUGCCUUGCGCUGAACAGAGUUUCACCAAAAUCGCAAAGACCCAAUUCAAGAAAUUCAGCGGUUUCCAAAUUUAGGUCAUAAUUUAUGCGAAAAUGAUAAGCAAACUUUACACGGAUUAUAUAUAAUAAACUAUGAGAUUUAUCUCUUUAUUUUGGGCAUCGUUAUAACAGAUGGGUCCUUGCAAGUCAGCAAAACGCUUCAGGGCCUUGUAAAUGCGCGCGGUUUCGAGCAAAGUAAACAUAUAGAAAUUAUAGUUUUCGCUAUUUGUUGACGUUUGUCAGCGUUUGAGAGUCCUUCUCACGAAAAAAAGGAUUUUCUUAAAAAUUCUUAGUUUUUUUCCUUCAAAUUUUUUCAGGGCCACAAUUGAUUAACUAACUACCCGGACUCUGAAUUUCAUGGUCAUUGAAAAACUGUGACAUUUUCUUCUAUAAGCCCAAACUUGAGUAAACAUUGAAGAUUUUUAGCGUUUUGGCUGAGUUUGUGCUUUGGGAGUUGUCUAUUGUUUCUAGCCUGUCAUGAUACAGCAUUCUUGUUCAGCACGCGUGCAAUGACCGCGCUUGGCUGACUUCCGAAUGCUCACCGAGAUAUUAUAAUUUUGGUACAGUGAGACAGGCCAUCGCGUGAUACAUAGAGGUUUAACUAACAAUUUUUAAUCAAUUCUCGUGCUUCUUGUGUCUUUGCAAAAAAAUCAAGAAGUGCUACACACUAAGUCUACUUACUAUUACAAAAAUAUCAUUUUUUCAUAGGUUUAAUGCAAGCCAAUAAUUAAACCAACUCGUGACGGGAAUAUCUCAAUUUCAAUUUCUCGAAUUGGGUCUUUGCGAUUUUGGUGAAACUCUGUUCAGCGCAAGGCACUAAUACGCACUACGUGUAGCUGAGAGAUUUUCACAAAAAAAUGCCGGCAACAGCCGAUUUUCGACUCAGACCUCAAAGGGGCGUGGCAUUAUAACCACGUGACAUUUACUCCGAUCGCCAAAAAUUUCAUGUUAUAUUGUAGAUUGAUCUAUAUGUUAUCCAUUCUAUGUGUUAGACUUACGAUAAAAGUAAAGGUGGGGAUACCAGAGAGCUUCAAAGUAGGAUGGUACCCCCCCAAAAAAACUGGGUCGAGUCAGCUUAAGCAAUUUUUCAUUUCCACACCAACCAGUGAUAGUACUAGCUAGAAGAUACUAUUGACUAAUGAACAACUUUUCUUCUUUUCCUUUUGUUAAACACGAAUUGACAUGUCUAAAAUGGCUAAUGUUGGCGUAAAUUAUAUGUUAUCUUUCAGAGAGUAAAUAGUACUCCCACCUUUUGGAACUGGACAAAAGAGAAACUGGUGCCGGGUGUGUACUUCUCAGAAUGGUACAAUGGAAAGAAAGUCGAGCUGCAGGAAGGCUUCAUAAGCAGUGGGUAUCCAUUUCUGGUGGGAAUGCCUAGACUUCGCCAGAUAAGAAUAAAAGCAGGUAACUCUUUUUAGACCCUUAUUCUUCCUUUUAGAUUAUAUAACCACGAAAAACUGAUGCUUAGACGUUUAAGGAAUGCCUAUAAAAUAGAGAUCUCACGGCCCCGAGGUCGAAAGCGAAAGUAUGUCGACCUUCAGUCCAAAAAAUCUUGAUUUCAAGACACGUCUGACGCUACAUUUUCUGUACUUCAGAGCUCAGAAAUCUUUGGCACGAAUUGUAAUGGCAAUUUAAAUGAAAUUCGAGCGGCUAUCUUUAAAAAUCUGUGCAAAAUGACUUCUAGCUCACCGAAACAAGAAUCAAAAUUUAGUUCUCUAUUUUUUUUUUUUUUACAGGAAAGCUAUUGUGUAGUUAAAAUAUAACUAUAACUGAAUAAAGUACUUUUUUCCAGAUUCUUGUGUAGUUAAAGACCUCUUUAUCGCGAAACGAUGUUUACCAUACUACAGUUCCAAGUCAGAAGAAAGAAGUCCAUACAAUCAUCGUGACUGGACACCUGUUACCAAUAUAAGUGCAUUUGAAACUUCAUUUGUAUCGGAGGAUUUGUGUCCCAGGCCAUGGAGGUACCAAACUUCAGAGACCUUAGGGAACCUCUUUUUCAACGGCUUUUAUGGCAUGUACGGCGGUGGCGGUUACAUUGCUGAUUUGGGCUAUAAUCGAGAUACAGCAUUAGGGGUCAUUGAAGAUUUAGAAAACAAUGAUUGGAUAGAUAAUAGGACUUCUGCUGUCUUUGUUGAGUUCACGGUCUAUGAACCUUCAAGCACACUCUUCAGCGUUGCAAAAUACCUCUACGAGAGGUACCCAACGGGAGGGGUCAAAACGACGUCCACAAUUGACACCCUAAUGAUUUACUACCCUGUAGACCCCAGCAUUAGGUCUUUUUACUUGGUAUGUCAACUUAUUUUGGUCAUUUUUGUUUUCGGUUUAUUCAUUGUGGAGAUAGCUAAGCUUUAUCUUCAAGGAUGCGGAUAUUUUACUCGCUUCUGGAACAUUGUGGAUAUAGUGCAAAUUACAGUUGCGGUGGCUGCAAUGAUACAAUACUUCUUCAAAGCGAAGUUUACGAGCAAUUUCGUGCGACGAGUUAGGGAAAACCCGUUCGUUACUUCAAGUUCCGAUUAUAUUGUUCGUUGGUGUCAACUCGAGAUCUGGCUUCUUUCAUUUGCAGUAUUUCUCGUGACGAUAAAGAUGCUGCGAUUGAUCAAAUUUAAUCAUCAUAUUUGUCAUUUAACACACACAAUAAAAUCUGCAGCACAACACCUUGCGUCUUACUCGGUUGUGUUCUCAGCCACCCUUCUCGCCUACACGCUGCUCGGAACACUGCUUUUCGGAAGCAGUGCAGGUCCCUAUUCUACUAUGGCUCAGUCUCUAACAAUGCUCCUUGAAAGGCUUUUGGGCAAUAACAUGUACACUAAGGAACUAAAGGAAAAGAAUGACGUCACAGGCCAGUUAUUUACAUUUGCAUACUCAUUCUCCAUUGCUAUGAUAUUAAUAAACAUGUUUUUGACCAUCCUCAACGCCUCCUAUACUGAAGUGAGACUCCUUAAGCAAGGUCGUUAUCCUGAUGCUGAACUGGCCAGCUUCGCAUGUCGCUAUUUCAGGAAAAAAGUGGAAACAUACUGGCGAGAUGCUAAAAAAUCUUUUAAAAACAGGAAUCAGCCUAAGUCACAUCUGCGAAGGAGAAAGUCAAAGUACUUUAAAGAAGGCACCUCAGACGUUUUGGGUUAUUCUGAUAAGUACCUCUUUACGGAAUAUACUGUAUACAAAAAAGCAUACUCUUGUCUUUUGGAAAAAGAACCCGUCCGGGACUACAAAUACCUCUCUCGGGAGAAAAUUCAAUGUGUUGACGAUUUUGAUGAUAUUGAUAUCGAUACGGUGGACGAAUUUUCUUCUCUUCGAGACAUAAAAAAAGCCUUAUUACAAAUAGGAACAUCACUGUUUAUUUAUCAUCAUGAAUGGAGCUCCAGCAGUCUGUAUGAUGACAGUGACAGAGAAGAAAGAAAUUCCCUGAAAAGCGGGUGGAGCCAGGGCUCCAAUCAGAGUUUGUUCGAUGUGGGAAUUUUUGAG